GCCGCCGCCGCCGCCGAGCUUUCCCCUCCAGAUGAACCGCGAUGGGGGAAUGGACCAUCCUAGAGAGACUCCUCGAAGCCGCUGUCCAGCAGCACUCUACUAUGAUAGGGAGGAUUCUGCUGACCGUGGUGGUGAUCUUCAGGAUUCUUAUUGUGGCGAUUGUAGGUGAAACUGUGUAUGAUGAUGAGCAGACUAUGUUUGUGUGCAACACCUUGCAGCCAGGCUGCAACCAGGCAUGUUAUGACCAAGCAUUUCCUAUUUCUCACAUUAGAUAUUGGGUAUUUCAAAUCAUCAUGGUGUGCACUCCUAGUCUCUGUUUUAUAACGUACUCAGUUCAUCAGUCUGCCAAGCAGAGGGAAAUGAGGUAUUCUACAGUUUUCCUUGCCUUGGAUCGAGAUCAGGACUCCAUGAAGCGGGAUGACAGUAAGAAAAUCAAGAACACCAUUGUCAAUGGGGUGCUGCAAAACACUGAAAACUCCACCAAGGAAGCAGAGCCUGAUUGCUUGGAAGUGAAGGAAAUUCCCAAUCCAGCCAUAAGAACCUCAAAGUCAAAGAUGAGGCGCCAAGAAGGCAUCUCUAGAUUUUAUAUCAUUCAGGUGGUCUUCAGAAAUGCCCUGGAGAUUGGGUUCCUGGUUGGACAAUAUUUUCUGUAUGGAUUCAAUGUCCCUUCCAUGUAUGAAUGCGACAGAUACCCCUGCAUUAAGGAAGUCGAGUGCUAUGUCUCCAGGCCCACCGAAAAGACAGUUUUCUUGGUCUUCAUGUUUGCCGUGAGUGGCAUUUGUGUGGUGCUCAACUUAGCUGAACUGAACCACUUAGGUUGGAGAAAGAUCAAAAUGGCUGUGAGAGGAGCACAAGCUAAACGGAAAUCAAUAUACGAAAUCAGGAACAAGGACCUGCCACGCAUGAGUGUGCCUAACUUUGGCAGGACUCAGUCUAGUGACUCUGCUUAUGUGUGAGACUGGCAGAACCAGAAUGCUUUGCUGUGUAUCUUGGCCAGCUGCCAUUAGGGAAGGAACAUUGAUUAAACAACUGUUUUCCUACAACCACCAAGAAAGCCGUUAAAGUAUUCUCUGUGCACUUUCUAGACCAGAUUCAAACCCGAGUGCUGAUAACAACAACAACAACAAUUGUAAAAGAUGGAUAAAAACACAGUGGUUCAACACCUGCAAUCUGGCCUUACCGCUCCAUUACUUCUGCCCUGCCCUGCCCUGCCCUCCCUUCCCUUCCCUUCCCUUCCCUUCCCUUCCCUUCCCUUCCCUUCCCCUCCUCUCCCCUCCCCCCAGGAUCCAAUGCUAUUUGUUGAAGAGCACAAUCUUUUGGCCAUGAUUAGUAUCACUCCAUUUGUAUGCCUGAAGGAAAACAUGCCCAGGAUGUUAUUGUCAAAAGAGAAGGAUGAUGGGAAGCAUUUCUACAAAAGUUGGGGUGAGGGGGGGGGAAGGGAAGGGAGAGAUUCCUACUCUCUAAGCACAUGAUUGCAAAACUGCCAGUACUGAUCACCUCAAACCUCAUCUUGUGGGUACCUAACAUCACACUCUCUUUUGGCAUUAAGCAGUUAAAUACUGUGUAUGCUUAGCGUUUAUUUUUUCUAACAUCGAUUUUGGUACAAUAAUAAUAAUGAACAUACUGAGGUCAAUAUAAUUUUAAUUGUCAUACAGCUAAUUGUGGCCCAUCAAAUUUAUGAAAUAGAUUUGUUUAAAAAAAAAAUCACAGUUCCACACUAUGCGGGUGAGGAAGAUGUGUAGUGAUUUAAAAUCCAGCUAGUUGAAGUAAUUACCUGGAUUUUAAAAUUACGUAUACCAAAGGAACAGAAUGGAUCACUAACUGUGAAAAAACAAAACCUAUUUGCCCUUACUACAACAAGUGCCAUACUUGAAGUUCAAACAUUGAAUUCUAUGUUUAGUCAAAGGCUUGGCUAAAGAGCCCCACUUGAAAUACUGGAUUUUAUAUUUUCCUUCCAUUUUUAUCUAGUUAUAGAUACUUUUUUUUUUUUUUUGCUUUUCUUCAUUAUGGCAAAGGUGCAAAUGCCCUUGGUAAAUUGCUAAAAAAAAAUAAUUUUUAUAAAAUAGAAAGUUAACUUUCUUUUAUAUAUGCAUCUAUGUUAGUAACAUUGCACUGAUAUAUGAUGAUGAAACUGGUGUAUCUAUCUAGAAUAUAAGAAUAUUACGUUAUUGCCUCUUUUUAUAUUCAUGGCCUGGAUUAUAUCUAAAACAUUUGUAGGGUUUGUUUUUCCUUACAGUGUCAUGGUGCUAAAAUAGGGAAAUAUACAUGGAUAAGUAGCAAUAUAGCAUGAUCCAGAAAAUGCAGUUUACUUAUGUGCAGUAUAUGCAUGUGUGUCUGUGUGUCUGUGUAAGCACACAAAACAUCUUUAUCAUUUUUCAUUAUAUGAACAUUUCAGGGAUAUAGUAUUAAUUGUUUUAGAUGGGUGUUAGUAAAUUAUGUAAACAUCAUUUAGAUAAUGAUGUUAGUCUAUUUUAGGCCCUAUGUUACAAUUUCUAUGUAUUUCUCACCUUACAAUAUGCCACCAAUUUUUAGUAAUUAUAUUUAGAAGGGACUCCAAAUAUUGGGUUGGAGGCUGCCUGUUGUCUACUCAUGCAGGCUCUUAAAAGCUCCCCCAAAUUUGGAAGGUCCACUAAUAAAUGUGGAUGUUUCUAAAUAAAGGAAGGAAAAAUGUGAAAUUGCUUAGAGUCCCCUUACACGUUAAACUGCAAAAGCUGGAAAUUAAAAAAGCUGAACUAUCAUAAGGUGGACUUUAGUUAUAGGGCCCAUAUUUGCAUCCUGUGGUCAUUAUUAGAAAUGGGAGAAUUUUACCUUAUUUUGUUUUUUCCCCCUUAAUUCAUUUCCUCCCCUUCAUUCAUUAAAUUGAACUCUCCCAUGCUAGUACAUCUUUAGGUUUUUUUUUUUAAAAAAAGUUUAUGUCACAAGGUAAAGUAUUUACGUGCUUUUUCCAAGCAUUAUAUACCAUUUUUGCAAACAAUUUUCUCUAAUCAAAUGCAAUCUGCAGAUUAUUUUCUUGAAUAUAUUUAUAUAUAUAAUGCUGCAAAGACGUUUCUGGUCUAUACUGCAUGU